GCCCCGUUUUACGGACGAGGGGACCGAGGCCCGGAGGAGGGAAGCGACUUUGCCCGAGACCCUGGCCUGCUCCCUCCGCUCUUCCGCCCCGCGGCACUUAAUUUGUACAACUGUCGUUUUAUUUAUUUGUAUUGGUGUCUGUCUCCCCCACCCCCCGAGCUCUUUGCGGGGGGGGACUGUCACUGUUGAUUGUGGCAUUGUGCCUUCCCAAGCGUUUAGUACAGCGCUCUGCACACAGAAAGUACCGAAAUGCAGUCGGAUGAAUGAGUGAAAGGGGGCGGGGCGGAGAUUAGAACCCGGAUCCUCCCGGCUCCCACGCUGCUCGAGUUCCAUCCGCUAGGUGCUUCUCUCUCUAAUUAACCAAAUCCACGCUUAAUAAAGGGGCGCGCCGUUGAAAGCCGGCAGCGGGGCCGUGUUCUUCUCCUUGAAUUUACUUUAGGGAUUGAAAUAAUCCCGAUGGUAUUGGAGCGUCUACUCUGCGCCGAGCACCGUUCUAAGAUUCCAAGUGGCCGGGACCGUCUCGGGAAUCGGGGUGACCGAGGAGAAUGCAGCCCCUCAAAACGAGAAGCGGCGUGGCCCGGUGGCUAAGAGCCCGGGCCCGGGAGUCGGGCGGACCCGGGUUCCGAUCCCGGCUCCGUCGGCCGAGGGACCUGGCGCAAGUCGCUUCGCCAGGGGAUUAAGACCGAGAGCCGACAUGGAGAUGAGCGGGUGGCUAUCCCGGGGCGGAGUACGUGAUGCCUGAAAAAAAGACCAAAUGGCCAAGCAACCUUCCGACCUAAAUUCUGAAUGUGACAGCGAAGGCGGACGACUGGAGCCCGCAGAGGGGCCGGCUCAGCCCCCGCAGCUCCGACCCGGGGCACCUACCUCUAUCCGAACCCAGUAUCAAGGUAAUCUCUCGGGCGGAGGGGAAAGCUGUUCACAGGGCCCGUUCCCGCCGUCCAGUAGCCCCAGGCCGUUUGCCACCAGAUCCCCACUUUUCAUCUUUGUCCGAAGAUCGUCGCUGCUGUCUAGAUCCUCCAGCGGGUAUUUCUCUUUUGACACAGACAGGAGCCCUCCGCCUGUGAGUUGCGAUAAAUCGACCCAGACCCCCAGUCCCCACUGUCAAGCCUUCAAUCAUUAUCUAAGUGCAAUGGCUUCCAUUAGACAGCCUCAGUCUGUUCCUGAAGAUAUGCGGCCGGAAAUAUGGAUUGCCCAGGAGUUACGGCGAAUUGGAGAUGAGUUUAACGCUUCCUAUUGUCCAAGAAGGGGUCUCUUGGAUAAUAAAUCCGGCAGGAAACAACCACCAAAUGGGUUUUGUGCACCUGUUACGUUACAUCCUCCGCCGCGUUGGCGAACUGCAGUGACUGUUUCUUGGAGAAGCGAAGACCCCCGGGUGUUCACCUCAUCCUCAGCGGAGCAAACCAGAGCGGUGGUAGCUUCUCCAAUCUACAACUAUGCAAUUGACACUGUUCCUCAUGGAUAAAUUCAGAGGGCGGAGGAAAUUUAAUCCAUCUGAGAUUCCAGCUCACGGCUUUGGUAGUGUGGAUCCCAGUGUGACGAAGGCUUUUUUGGAAAAAUGGGAGUUGGUGGUGAAUGUAAAUGAUUGGAUUUUUAGAAGUGUGCCAAAUCACCGUUUUGGGAAGCCGGAGUUUCUUUGCCAAAAGCUGGGUUUACAUUUGGUGAUGAUCAACUUCUUCAAGAUCAGGUUAUCAGAAAAGAAAAUGGAAACCCUCGUGGACAAAAUCAUGAAUGAUUUUUUGUACUAAAUUCUAAAAGCCUUGUUUUGAAGAUGAUUUAUAAGUGUGUGUAUAUAUAAAUCUUCUAAGACAAACCAAGACAGCUCAAUUACAAGCUGUCUUGGUUCUUUUUUUUUUUAAAAUGUACAGUUAUUUUAAAGCAGGGAGAGGGAGUUCAAAUCCUGCAUCUCCAUUUUGGCUCUUCGUGUCUUGAUGUGAAAAGAGAAGAACCAUGGGCAGGUUAAAAGGACUUCUCCCUUUGUAAAUAUUUCAUCCCUUCCUUCAUCUCAGACCUCUCCUUACAGGUAGCCAGUAGACUUCGAUUUCCAAACCUCAGUUAAGUCCUACCUCCCAACCCCAUUCUCCUUUCAGGAGGCUUUUAAAACUGCGUUUAAUCCAUUAGCCGAAACCCUCAAAGGCUUCAAUUGAAAAGUGCUCUCUUCAUUUUUCCCAGUUUGAUCGAUUAAUUUUAUUCUUCAAAAAUUGUUUAGCCAGAAGAUGGGGGUAAAAAUAAAAUUCAGUUGACUCUUAAAA